AUGCCAAAUGUAUAUUUGCCUCAAAUUUUAUGGCACAGCAAAGAUAACAAAAGAAGUGAUCGCAUUUACUCAAUUGAUAUACAACCAUAUCCAAAUUAUUAUAGUGUAAAAAAAUUACAUAAAAAAUAUGAAUCAUUUAAAAAAUUUUUAAAAGAAAAAAAAAAAGAUGAUAUGAGUUAUGGAAAAAGUGAAGAAAAGAUAAAUAAUAAUAUAAGUACAUUAAAAGUCGAUAACGACAUAGAUUACAUUAAUACUAAAUGUACAAAUAAUAAUGAAAAGACUAUUAUAAAUGAUAAUACGAUUAAUGAUAAUUUAUUAGAUUCUUUAAAGAAUGACAAUAAUAUCAAUGAUUUAAUAAAAGAAGAUUAUAGUAAAAUAACUAGUUUAGUAAGUGAAACUAAUUCUAAUACUUUAUUAAGUGAAAAUAAUAUUCCUAGUAUCGUUAAUAAAAAAAAAGGAAUAAAGUUUAAUAUAGCUACAUGUGGUGCCGAUGAAUUUAUACACCUAUGGAGAGUAUAUAUAAAAGAAGAUUUAUCAAUAAAAUGUUUAAGUAGAUUUAUAGGUCAUAAUGGUGAAAUAAAUUGUGUUCGUUUUAAUAAAAAUGGAAGAUAUUUAGCUAGUGGAGGUGAAGAUAAAUUUUUAUAUGUUUGGGAAAAAAGCAAAAAACCUAGAAACAUUCCAUUAGGUUAUGAUAUAAGUUUCUUAGAUUAUAAAGAAUGGUGGACUAGAGUAGGAUCAUUUAGAUGUAGUGGGGUUAUAAACAGUAUUAUAUGGUCAAAUAAUGAUACUUUAUAUAUAGGAAAUGAAGAUAAUAAUAUUAAUAUUAUUGAUUUUGUUAAAAAUACUAAUUGCAAAAUAAAAGUUUUAGAAGGUCAUACCGGUAUGAUCCAAGGUAUAUCAAUAGAUACCAACAAUGAAUUCUUAGCUUCUUUAAGUGCUGAUCAAACACUUAAAAUUUGGAAAAAAAAAAUAGACGGAAAAUCAUGGAAACUUGAAAAUUCUAUUAAAAAUAUAAAAAGAGACGAACUUGAAAAACGCAAUACAGGUUUUAUCUCAGAUGAAGAAUGUGAAGAUAAUGAAAAAUAUACAGAAAAAAAUGAAAAUAAUACCUGUAGAAAAGAAGGAAAAAAAGAAACUGAAAGAACACAAAAAGGAAACCAUGAAUUAUCAGAACAAGAAAUACAAGAAAAAAAAAAAGAGAAUUGGAAUGAUGAAGAACAAGAAAAACAGGAAAGAGAACAACAAAUUGAUCAAGAUAAACAAGAGGGAGAAUAUGAAAGAACAAAAAUACAAAAUCAGGAAGAACAGGAAGAUGAAGAUGAAGAUGAAGAAGAAGAAGAAGAAGAAAAAAAGUUAAAAAGAUGUCUGUUUUCAAGUGAAGAAAUGCUACCAUCUUUUUUCAGACGUAUAGAUUUUUCUCCAAAUGGUGAAUUUUUGGUUGCUCCUAGUGGUAUUCAAUUUGAACAAGUUGAAAAAAUUAAUGAAAAAAAUACAAAGUCAGAAGAAAAUACAAAACCUAAUUAUCAAAUAAAAGCUUAUAGUUGCUUUUAUAUAUAUCAUAAAAAUUUGUUUAUUAAAUACAAUAUUCCAUUUUUUACAAUAUUUUCACAAACAAGUCAUUUUCUAGUAGCAAAAUUUAAUUAUAAUACAUUUAAAUUAAGAACACAUCAAAAUAUUCUUAAAAGAUGCUACAAGCAUUUAAUAAAUAGUAAAUUUGAUACAGACGAUGUAACACAUUCUAAUAAAAAAAGAAGAGUAUCCGAUGAAACAUUAUUUUUUAAUGAAUUAAAAAAUAAUGAAAAUAUAAUAAAAUUAAAUUAUGAAAAAACUUUGUUAUUUAAUGAUUUUGAAAUUCAUGACGACGUAAGCCAAAAUGUUAGUAGCACUAUAACAGAUAGUGAUAGAGAGUUUAACUAUGAAAAAAAUUCAUAUCAAUCUUCUUCCAAAGAAUAUAUUUUAUCAGAUAACUUCGAUAAAACUAUAGAAAUUGAAAAUAAAAAUUUUUAUGAAAAGUAUGAUGAAAAAGAAGAGGAAAAGAAAGAAAAGGAAGAAGAUGAAGAAGAAGAUGAAGAGGAAAAAGAAUAUGAAGAUGAAGAUGAAAAUGAUAAUGAAGAUGAAGAAAAUGAUCAGAAAAAUGAAGAAAAUGAAAAGAUAAGCCAAGAAGAAAAUGAUCAUAAAAAUGAAGAAAAUGAACAGAAAAAUGAAGAAAAUGAACAGAAAAAUGAAGAAAAUGAUCAGAAAAAUGAAGAAAAUGAACAGAAAAUUGAAGAAAAUGAACAAAAAAUUGAAGAAAAUGAACAAAAAAUUGAAGAAAAUGAAAAGAUAAGCCAAGAAAAAAAUGAUCAUAAAAAUGAAGAAAAUGAACAGAAAAAUGAAGAAGAAAAAAAUGAAAGAGAAAAUGAAAAGGAUAAUCAUGAUUCGGGAAAUAUAUAUAUUAAAAAGGAAAAUGAAAUGGGAAUAGAAAAAGAAAAUGUAAAAAAAUUAAAUAUAGACGAACAUAAACUAAAAAACUCUAUUAAAAAAAAAGAUGAAACAAUUAAAACCACAAAUUAUUCAAGUAAUAUACGUAAUGAUGAUCAUUAUGAUGAAAAAACAAAUGAUAUAGAUAUGUUAUGUGGAGUUAAAGAUAAAAAAGAGGAAAGAUUUAUAUAUGCAUUAGGUACUUUUGAUGGAAGUGUGUAUUUCUAUGAUAGUGAAAUUCUAGAUACACCAAUUAGUAUAGUAAAAAAUAUGCAUCUAUGUCCAAUCACGGAUAUUUCAUGGAAUAAUUUGGGAAACAUAUGUGCCUGUUCAAGUUCAGAUGGUUAUGUUAGCUUUUACUAUUUUCAUAAAAAUGAAUUAGGGAAUAUUAAAUCUUAUAAAAACUAUUAUUUUGAUAAAAAAUGUAAUGAUUUAACAUUUGAUCAAGAUUAUUUUGAAAAUAUUUUUUACGAUGAAGUAGAAUUUUUAAAUAAAAAUGAAUCAAAUGAUUAUACAUCUAGUGAAGAUGAUUAUGAUGAAGAUGAGUUAUCUUUAAAUAAAGAAGAACCAAAAGUAAAAAAAAUUAAUUUAAUAGUGGGUAAUGCUGCAAAUUUUGUAUUAGAACAAAAUACAAAAAAGUGA